UUCUCCUUUCUAUUUAUAUAUAUAAUUAAUAACCUGGGCAAAUCUCAUUCCACACUUAUUACUUCACAACUCUCACUCCACAGUCCAUAGCCAUGGCUUCUGAGAAAGUUGAGACUGUUAUUGCUGGAAAUUACUUGGAAAUGGAGAGAGAAGGAGAAGAAGCCAAUUCCAAUAACUCUGUCAAAAGCAAAUUAUCCAAUUUUUUCUGGCAUGGUGGCUCUGUUUAUGAUGCAUGGUUUAGCUGUUCUUCUAACCAGGUUGCUCAAGUGCUACUUACACUGCCAUAUUCAUUUUCACAACUGGGAAUGAUGUCUGGAAUUAUUUUCCAACUCUUCUAUGGGUUAAUGGGAAGCUGGACUGCUUAUCUUAUAAGUGUUCUCUACGUUGAGUACAGAACUAGAAAAGAAAGAGAAAAAGUUGACUUCAGAAACCAUGUAAUUCAGUGGUUUGAAGUUCUUGACGGACUACUAGGAAAGCAUUGGAGGAAUAUUGGUCUCUUUUUUAACUGCACUUUUCUUCUAUUUGGAUCAGUCAUUCAGCUAAUUGCAUGUGCAAGUAACAUAUAUUAUAUUAAUGACAAUCUUGAUAAGAGAACUUGGACUUAUAUAUUUGGAGCUUGUUGUGCUACAACUGUGUUCAUUCCUUCAUUCCACAACUACAGAAUUUGGUCAUUUAUAGGCCUUCUCAUGACAAGUUAUACUGCAUGGUAUCUUACCAUAGCUUCUCUUCUCAAUGGACAGGUUGAGGGAGUAAAGCACUCAGGACCAACCACAAUGGUUCUCUACUUCACUGGUGCAACAAACAUUCUUUAUACCUUUGGUGGUCACGCUGUCACAGUGGAGAUAAUGCAUGCAAUGUGGAAGCCACAGAAGUUCAAGCUUAUAUAUUUGAUGGCAACAAUUUAUGUGCUAACACUGACACUGCCAUCAGCAAGUGCCGUCUAUUGGGCUUUUGGAGAUGCGCUUCUCACCCACUCCAAUGCUUUGGCUUUGUUACCAAGGACUAGAUUUCGAGACGCUGCUGUAGUUCUCAUGCUUAUUCAUCAGUUUAUUACAUUUGGAUUUGCAUGUACCCCUUUGUACUUUGUGUGGGAGAAAUUCAUCAGAGUUCAUGACACAAAGAGCUUGUUCAAGAGAGCAAUGGCAAGACUCCCUGUGGUUAUUCCAAUAUGGUUCUUGGCUAUUGUUUUCCCCUUCUUUGGUCCCAUUAAUUCCACUGUUGGAUCUCUUCUUGUUAGCUUCACUGUCUACAUUAUUCCUGCCUUGGCACACAUGGUUACUUUUGCUUCUCCAUCGGCUAGAGAGAAUGCUGUGGAGCAACCACCAUCAUUCUUGGGAAGAUGGGUUGGAUUGUAUUGUACCAACAUAUUUGUGGUGGCAUGGGUCUUCAUUGUUGGUUUUGGAUUUGGAGGGUGGGCAAGCAUGGUCAAUUUUGUACAUCAAAUUAACACUUUUGGCCUCUUCACUAAGUGUUAUCAAUGCCCUCCCCAUAAGGCUUGAGUAGGAUAAUAUAUUACUAGUAUUAAACUAAGGAAGUAAAACUACAAAUACAUAUCAUGACGUGUGUAAAAAGAUUUAGCAGUUUCCAACCACUUUCCCACCCCCCCCCCCACCAACCCCCCACUUUAAUUAUCAUUUUAUUUUCUUGUAAGAGUCCUUUUAAUAACUUGAGUGCUAGUGGCUUUUCUUUUUUUUCUGUUUUUAUUUUCUUCUAAAAAAAUUGUAAUGGCCUUUCGUUUUUUUGGGGCUUUAUGUGAUGUGGAUGAUUGGUAAUAUACACUACUUUUCGUUGCUCC